GCAACUCACGAGUUUGAGUAUGUAGCAAAGCAUGGAACGCUUUACCAUCUCUUUUACACUGCAAAUUUUGUGAAUCAAGCUAUUUCGACUUGUGCCCUUCUGAUCGAAAAUGUGCUAUGUGUCUGCUUCUCAGCUGUUAUCCAAUUCUAUCCCAAGACAGUUUCAUCCGCGCAAAAUCCGUUCCCUUGGAAAAUGUGUGCCCGCUUUUCACUCAAAUUUGCUAUAUUUUCCCGUACCAAUGGACUAUUUUGAUUCUGUGUUCAUCUGCAUAGCAAUUUUCUGCUCAAUAUUGGUAUUUUGUGUACUCUGCUGCCACUCCAGCAAAGAAGAUUCAGAAGUUCCCAUACACAGGACUGAUGUCGUGAUAACAUCCUCUAGUCAUACACCGCUUAGACGGGCAGAUUCUGGAGAUUUCCAUACUAUAAGAACCGGAGAUCUAGAACGUCCAAUAGGAUUUGCUCCUGAAGUAAUUAGAAGGACAUCUCAAAGUGAUGCUGCACCAGCACCAAAUCCACCGUAUCCAGUGGAAAAUCUUAUGCCAACACCUUCGACUAAUUUAAGAUUACCAUCAUCUGGUCAUCAAGCAAUACCCAGAGAUGACAUUAAUCCGCCCUCUUAUGAACAAGUCAUGAGCAAUGAGGCUUAUUAUCACCAUCCACCACGGAAUUAACAGGAAUUUUAUGGAGGAUCACAUGCUUCCUCGUUCUCUUGACUUCAACAUGACAGAUAAUCAGGAUUCCUAAAUCGUUAAAUCCAAAAAAAGAGAAUCUCUUCCUAAGUUAUUGUAGCAUAAGACGCUUUUAAACUUUUAAAAAUGGAAUUUUUUUGGGAAAUCUCGAUGAAUUUUUCUCAUCACUCCGGGUUUUAUUUUAGCUUCUUGCGAUGAUCUCUCUUAUUCUGUGCCUCUAAUGCGCACGUCACUGACGCAAAUUCAUCAAAAAAAUAGAGCAUAUAUUUCUCAAAUGUCUUCAGAGUAGUGGGUAGUUAGUAAGUCCCUCAUGGAUUUUGAGUUAUUCCUUGCAUAUAUCCCUAUCCUUUGUCUCACUUUAAUUGUUUUUGUGAUCCUAAUGAUGUGUUUCCAGCACUACAUUGGCCCAUAUUUUGGUUUAACCCCACGUAAGUCACUUUCAUCAGGCUUAAAAAUACUCCUUAGCUGUUAGUCAUUGAAAGUCAGAGUAAAAAAAAGCCAAACUGGCUUAAUCUUGUUACAGAAACUGACCAAAUGAUUACUAGAAAUAUCCAGACACGCAGAUUCUACUCAAAUUCCCGACAAUUCAAUCAGAAUCACCUAGUUCGACAGGAUGAGUACAUAAGAUUAUGCAUGUGGUAGGUUUUACCCGAAAAUCUUCUAACAUUCCCUAUAUUUCUCUCUGAUCAGGAUCCCAUCCAAUACACCCUAUCCAAUGCACAGUACUACAACCCCUGUUCCACAAACAAGUCAUCUUCCCCAGAACUCCCGUCUGGUCAACAAGAAACUCGUGGUUUGCAAGAUUUUUCCAGAUGACCAUUAACCAGAUUUUCAUUUUUAGUAUACGACAAUUUUUUUAUAGUACCCCCAAGAUUCUCUGACUGAAAAUUCUUUUUUUAAUAAAUAAACAUCUUUUUGAGAAAUUUUUAAAUCCUCUUAUCAAAGGACUUUUCUAAGCAUUUUGUCGUAAUAGAUUUUUUUGUGAAAAAUAUUAAAAAAAAUAAUAAUAAAGCUGAUAAAAAGUAUGUGUUAAGCGAGUAUGUGUUUAACUAAAUUUUAAAAAUAUUUGUAUGAGCAAAAUAUAAUUAAAUAAAAUUCUCUAAAAAAAAUACAAAA